AUGGUAGAUACCCCCACCCAUGGGUGGGACUUUCACAUCAGAAGGAGGUGUGACAUUUUCCUCACAUAAAUACUGACCGGGCAUCCAUCCUUGACACGUUUCCAACAAGGUGUCAGCGCAGGAGUGAAGCUUCCGACCCAAGCCGCAGAAGGCAAACUUCACCGUCAAAGAACGUGCUGACAUCCACAAAGAUGACUCUUCAAAGUGACGAGGAAACCGAGCUGGAAAGCUCUUCUUUCUGACCCUAAAAAUUCCAACACAUCUUUCGAUGCUGAGAGAGCGCAGCAUCACUCCAGACGAUGGUGGUGCAGAGAAGAUGAAACUCACGGUAAGAAACAGCUGUCACCAACUAUAAUCCCUUUGGAUAACCCGACAUAAAGAUGGCCGAAUACAAUCUCACGUCAGUAUCUGAGGGAGUGGACAUGUCUUUCCUCCAGACGCACAUGACGAGCAACAAUACCAGCAGCGUGUCCAAUGCGACCGAGCCGCUGCACUUCCGUAUGGUCACGGCGGUCGUCUACAGCGUCGUCUUUAUUGUGGGUCUCCUGGGCAACUCACUGGCCAUCUUCGUGGUGAUCCGCUACGCCAAGAUGAAGACAGUGACCAAUAUGUACAUCCUCAAUUUAGCCGUAGCGGACGAACUCUACAUCCUAGGAAUCCCCUUCCUAGCCACCAACAGCGUGCUUUACUCUUGGCCCUAUGGAGAUUUCUUCUGCAAAGUGUGCAUGACCGCCGACGCCAUGAGCCAGUUCAUGUCAACCUUUUGCCUGACGGUGAUGAGCAUCGAUCGGUACCUGGCGGUGGUUCAUCCCAUCCGCAGCGCACAGUGGAGGAGGCCGCAGGUGGCCAAGAUUCUCAGCGGCAUGCUGUGGCUUGUGUCUUUUCUGGUCGUGCUGCCCGUCACCAUCUACUCGCAUGUGCAGGAGGGCCUCAACACCUGCAACAUCACGUGGCCCGAGAUGCAAAACUGGUGGUCUGUCGUCUUUAUCCUCUACACAUCCAUCCUAGGGUUUUUUGGACCGCUGUUCGUCAUCAGCAUCUGCUACUUGCUCAUUGUCAUCAAGGUCAGGUCAGCAGGCGUGCGUGCAGGUGUGACCAAGCGGCGUAAGUCGGAGCGUAAGGUGACACGUAUGGUGGUGAUCAUUGUCCUGGUCUUUGUACUUUGUUGGAUGCCCUUCUUCACUACCAACAUUGUCAACCUGGUUCACAUCAUCCCAGAGAACAAUGCCACAGCAGCGAUCUACUUCUUUUUAGUCAUCCUCACCUAUGUGAACUCCUGCGCCAACCCAAUCCUCUACGGCUUCCUCUCGGACAAAUUCAGACAGAGCUUCCAAAAGGUGCUCUGUUUCCACAAACCCAACCUGGUUGCCACUGCAGACCGGAGGAAAGGGCAACAGGCGGCACCCCAGGACACACCAAUAGACAACCACGAUCUUCUUUCCACAGCCAGGAAUCCUAACCACAAUGGAAACAUGCAGAACAUCCAGUGCGUCCAGAUGGAGGCUCUUGAAAAACCUGACAACGAGCCUUUAACUGCCUUGAAUCAUCAGUCAGUGCCAUGAGAGGGUGCACCACCAUUGCCCUGCCAAAUGACGGUGGCACCAUUUAGCCCUGGAACUCAGACUGACUGUGAUUUUCAACAACAAGAACGCUCAUCGUGAUAGAAUUCAACUGUUUGUUAUUAUUGUAUUGAUCAGAGAUGCUGCAUGGAUUAAAUUCAAUUAUGGAAAACCUCUGUGAAAUACAAAACAUGGUCAUUUUAAAAAUUCAAUUAAUCUUCAAAGAGUUAAAAAUACCUCACAUGUCCUUUUUUUUUUUUUUGAUAUGUGUCGUUAUAUUUGCUGGAGGAGUCGAUAAGGGGAAUUAAUCCAUGACCAAGAGCAGUAUUUUUGUUUGAUGUUCAUUUGUCGUAGUUUUACAUGUUAAAGUUUUAGAGAAAUAUAAGUGUUUCCCCUGCUGCUAGAGCAAUAGAUAAUGAUACAGUGUCGCUACAAGAUAACCACUAUUUUUCGUCAAAAUGAAACUCCUCAACUCACUUCAACAUAGUUCCUUGGCACCAAGAUGCCACAAGAUGGUGGAAAAGCAUUAUUUUUGUCAAAAUGAAAUGCCUCACUUCACUUCAACAUAGAUCCUUGGCACUAAGAUCCCACAAGAUGGUGGAAAAGUGCUAUUUUUAUGGAAAUGAAACUCCUCAGGACACUUCAACAUCCAUCCAUCCAUCCAUUUUCUGAGCCGCUUCUCCUCACUAGGGUCGCGGGCGUGCUGGAGCCUAUCCCAGCUGUCAUCGGACAGGAGGCAGGGUACACCCUGAACUGGUUGCCAGCCAAUCGCAGGGCACAUAGAAACAAACAACCAUUCGCGCUCACAGUCAUGCCUACGGGCAAUUUAGAGUCUCCAAUUAAUGCAUGUUUUUUGGGGUGUGGGAGGAAACCGGAGUGCCCGGAGAAAACCCAUACAGGUACGGGGAGAACAUGCAAACUCCACACAGGCGGGCCGGGGAUUGAACCCGGGUCCUCAGAACUGUGAGGCUGACGCUCUAACCAGUCGGCCACCGACUUUUGAUUAAAACUAUGUUUGUGCCCUGCUCAAGGCUUAGGUUAUGACAUUUUGUUUUUUGUCUUAUUUUAAAGAGUACAACCUUUGGAUUAAAAAAAAAAAACAUUCCCAAACAAUGCAACUAUUAUUUAAUCUCGUUAAUGAAUCCGUGCAAAAACAAAAUUUCUAAUAUUCCACAUUAAACUGUUUUUUUUUUUUUGGGGGGGGGGGGGGUUUAAUAUCCAAAAGAUAUAAUAAAGGAGUUGUCAUUCUCGUCCCUUUUUCCAGAGUAUAUGUGAUGUCCUCCAAUCCCUGUAUUGAUCUGAAAACAACCAAAAUAUCAAAAUGUCUUGUAACAUGCUGUUUUCACUUUUUGGUAGAAUGGUUUUAUUUUCAUUUCCAAAGUGCAUUUUCUAUAAUUUAUCACAUUGACGUUUUGGUUAAUUGGUCUGACAUUUUUGUAAACACAAUGUAAACUAUUGUGUGAUGAGCAAAUUAAUUAUGCUGAAUUUAUUUUUGCAUUACAUCACUUUUCUUUUUGAAGGACCUGGACUGAUUGCUUUUGCAUUAAAGUCUUGUUAGAAAGAGUGCUGUAAUAUAACAAUAAACUCUCACAAUUCAUUCACAA